AAAGAAAGAAAGAAAGAAAGAAAGAAAGAAAGAAAGAAAGAAAGAGCAAGAGAAGGCAGGGAAGGAAAGAGAGAGAGGGGGGAGAGAGAGAGAGAGAGAGAGAGAGAACAAGGUAAAUCAGGAAAGAAAGAAAGGGAGGGAGGAAGGAAAAGAAAGAAAGCAGGAAGGAAGGAAGGAAGGAGGGAGAGCCAGACAGAGCGAGAACGACAGCCAGGGCGAGAGAGCAGGAUCAUCCCCUAUAGAGUACGCCCGCCUUUUCCAGACAAGCCACCCCAUCCUCUGCUGAGCUCCCCAUCCUUUCUCGCCUCCCGCCUGCCUCCCAGCCCUGACCCUCGAGUCUCGGCGAGGCGUGCCUGUCCCUUUAAGAGGCUGGCCCUCUCACCCAGAGGCUUGUCCCACCGCUGUUUCCUUUUCGUCCCCCCGCCUCCCCAAAACACACAUUCCGUGCCUGGACCGUCGCUGCCCCUCGCCAGUUCCUCGGGAGCGAGGGCGAAACCUCGAAGCCGCUCCGGGCUCUUCCAUCCCUCGCCAAGAAGGACACUGACCGGGCUUGGCAUUGCAUUCAGUGGCAUUCAGUGGCUCCUGUUCUAGAAUCUUCCGCAAGAGACAUGCUCCUCUUCUUCCUGACUGUGAUGCUGCAGCAGACCGACAGAGGCCACGGCGGCCUUCCCUUCUACAAUGGCUUCUACUACGACCGCGUCAUGAAUGACAACGGCGAUAUUAAUGGCAAUGGGGAAGUUCAGUUCAACGGGGUGAAGUUGGUGGUUGAGACUUCAUACGAGACGCUCUUCACCUACCGGGGCGCGAACGUCACGCUGCCCUGCAGCUACCACUAUGUCCCCAAACUGGAGGCCCCGCGCCGUAUCCGCAUCAAGUGGUCCAAGCUGCGGGAGGACAACACCAAGGACCAGGACGUGCUGGUGGCCGUGGGACCCAAGCACCGCAGCUUCGGGGAGUUCCGGGGGCGCGCCCACCUGCGGCAGGGGUCUCCCCAAGAGGUGUCUCUGGUGAUCCAGGACGUACGUUUGCAUGACUACGGGAGGUACCGCUGCGAGAUCAUCGAUGGGUUAGAAGAUGAGAGUGGGAUUGUGGACCUUGAGCUGCGAGGGGUGGUCUUCCCUUACCAGCCUCACCACGGGCGCUACACGCUCAACUUCCACGAGGCCAAGAAGGCCUGCGAGCGGCAGGACGCCGUGAUCGCCUCUUUCGAGCAGCUCUUCAAGGCGUGGUCGGAAGGGCUGGACUGGUGCAAUGCCGGCUGGCUGACGGACGGCACGGUCCAGUACCCCAUCGCUCUGCCGCGGGAGCCCUGCGGGGGGAAGGGCCUGGCCCCCGGCAUCCGCAACUACGGGGAGCGCCACAAGAACCUCCAUCGCUACGAUGUCUUCUGCUUCUCGUCCGCCUUGAAAGGGAAAGUCUAUUAUCUGGCUCACCCUCAGACGCUCACCUUGGAGGAGGCCAAGCAGGCGUGCCAGGAUGACCAGGCCGAGAUUGCCAAGGUGGGCCAACUCUAUUCGGCGUGGAAGUUCCGCAGCCUGGACCGAUGUGACGCUGGCUGGCUGGCGGAUGGCAGUGUCCGCUACCCCAUCUCCUCUCCCCGGCCCAACUGUGGCCCUCCGGAACCGGGCGUCAGAAGCUUUGGUUUUCCUCAAGGAGGGAGGUUUGGCGUCUACUGCUUCAAGAUGAGCUAAGUGAAGAUCAGAAGGGAGGUGGGGCCAGGUCCCUCCACCAGCGGACACCAUCCUUCUGCUUGCUGCCCAGAGUUUACUAUUUUGAGGGCCAGUCUCUGGGGGUGUUUCUUAAUUGUCUCUUUUGAGAGGUUGGUUUGGGGUCUCUUUGUUUUUUACAGGGUUGUAAUGAGAGGGGAAAGGAGGCGUCCUUCCUGUGAUGUCGCCUUUUAAGUGGCUUCCGUGCUGACAGGAAAAUCUUUCGGUUCUAUUGCCCAUGGGAUUCAGCAGUAGGGGGAACCUCUGAGAUGUUGUUUCUUGGUCUGGGGUAGGGUCAAACUCUCUGGAGUGGAGUCAAGCUGACGUCUAUUGAUGAGGCUGAGAAGCCGCCUUCUGUUCAUCUGGACAGACUCUGGAAGAAUGGCAUCUCACCAAAGGAUUCCGGCUCCCAGUGUGAGAUUUCUUGCUUUUUUUUGCUAGCGUUAAGGUUUUGUAAUCUGUUGAUUGCUUUCCCCAGUGGAUGCUGGAGGUGAGCUGAGUGUUUAAAAAGUUCAGGACACUAUGCAGUGGCUGGGUGCAGCACUAGUGACCCCAUAGCUGGCAUUAAAUCAUCAUAAGGAUA